GUUCCGCGUCUCCCGGAGACCAGGGCCAGCGGAGGGGCUGCCACAGGAGAAGGUCCUCCUCGGCACUGGAGGGACAUGGCGGCCGGGGCGGCGAGCCUGGUGGUCCUGCUGCUGUGCUGCUGGCGAGGCGCUGAGCUCCAGCCCAUCAACAUGACCUUCAGUUCAACUACUGACAUGCGUCAACCCCCCCGCACGAAGGGCCCGGAGGACGUGCCUGGGGUGUUUGAUGAGAUGCUGGUGCAAGAGAUGCUGAACCCAAAUAAAUCCGUCAUGGGCGAGGCCCAGAGGACGGCGGCGACCAUGUCAACAAAGCCGCUCAAGGAACAAGGAGUCAGCCUGGAGGAGAAUUACCAGAUGGGCGGGAACGCCGACAGCAUCCACGAGCUCCUGGAUAACCCGCGGUUUUCCGUGGGCAGUGAGGACAAGAUCCUCAACAACGAGCCCAGCAUGGAGGAGAGCUACGCCAGCCCCGACCGCUUCCGCGAGGUGCAGGCGGCCCCGGGCGCCGAGGACAGCGUCUCCAAGCACAGUGAGGCAAAGAAAGACUCCAAAAAUGAUCAGUACAAGCUGUCCGUUCUGGACAAGAUCCUUCAGAACAUCGGGAAGUCUUCAGGAAACUCCUUGCAGUGAGCGGAGGGGGCGUCCCGGAGGAGGCGCAGAGAAGCAGCCCAGCCCGGGAACCCAAAGGCAGGCGCUGCCUGCUUGAGCACCCCACCCACCCCACCCCCUACUUAGCAAUAAAGAGUUUAUAU